GCUUCCUUUUUGUUGUUUUCCUCACAAAGUAAGGGCAGACUUAUAAAAUUACAGCUUUUAAAUCCAAUGUAAUCUUUGUUUAAAAAUUUUAAAAAAUUGUCCUUUUACAGAGAGAAGUAUUAUGUAUUUCAAUAUGUGUUAAAUCUAUGUUCGUUAUAACUGUUAUGAGUAGUUAUUAUAUAAGCCUUAAACUGGAAUUCAGUUUUACUUAAAUUAUGUUGACUUGUUCUAAUUUUAAUAUUUUCAUAAGUAAUAUAAUUUAUCUUUAUAAAUAAUGUAGAAAUGAAAAAGUUAAGUUCCUCAGAUUAGAGGGAAAGCUUAUCUCUAGAAUUAUAGCUGUGUACAUGUACAGUGCCAUUCACUGACAAGUUCCUCAGUUUAGAUAGUAAAAUCAUGACUUUGACUUAGCAUUAUCAUCAGUUAUCAUAAGUUAGACUGUGUUGGAGGCUGAUUCCUAGCAAGUAGAUUUAAAGCUUUUUACCUGUAUUGGCUAGAAAGUUAGAGCUUUGUACCUGUAUAGUGUGCAAUUCACAAUUUGGAAUUGUUACAUGUUUUUUUAGGGUUUGUUCCAACUUGAAGCAGCCUUAAGUUAGGGCCGGCCAUAGGCCUAAUUUGGCUAAUAAAUUAUAAAUAAUUGCAGCUUCUCAGAGCUCAAUUGUCAAUGUUAUUGUGGCAAUGCACACAACAAUCAACACUUCCUCUUGUUUUCACCCUCAACACGCCAUUGUCACUAGAUUAUUAUAACUAAAUUUUUAGUCAAAAUCAAAGUAUGUGAUAAGGCUUAACUGCUGUGCACAAUUUGAGUAGAAGCAAUAAAUAAAAAUAAAGAUGAAACUGACCGUUGUUGUCCUCUCUCUUAUUUUAUUUUUGGUGUUCUUGCAUAUUCUAUCAUAGUUAGUAUAGCCUAUCUUAAUAUCUAAGAAAAGCCAACAUCAAAGUCGUUAUGCUCAUUGAUUGCGGUAAAAUCCUAAAUAAUAUUUGAAGUAAAAAAAAAGGGGGGGUAAACAUUAAAUGGAACUGAGUAAAUAUCUAAUAAUGAACAUUCAUUUGGUUGUUAUUUUUACCAACGAAGUGUCUACACGUCCGGCGCGCCGGAAAAAUAGUGCGCAAGAUAUACGUCCGGCGUCAUGUCACGUGACCGCCGGACGGCUAGUAGUUUUUAUAAUUCCGAACGAAGUGCAGUUUGGUAGAUCUUGUGUGGUCUACUGGUAUAGUGGUCGCUUGACGUUAUGAUGAUUUGACGAUCAAUACCUGUCUAGGAUCGUUUUUUUCCCCCAUUUUAAUUAAAAGUAUUUUAUACUAUAUUUAUAUAAUUAUGUUCAUCAGCAAUAGUAGUUUCAUGAGAAGUUUUUAAAUAUCUUGUAGCAAUUGAAACAAUUUAAAAUGAAAUUUUUUACUUUUAUUGGUUGCCUACUCCAUACUCAUACUGGCCCCUAAUUUAUUUUACGGAUUACUCAAAUUACUGGUACACAAACUCAAAUAAAAAACUAAACAAAAAUGUUUACAAGCCACUUUCACUUAAGUUUUUUUCUAUCAUUUGCAUGCAAGAUACUCGGUACAUUACUUGGUAGAGAAAUAGAUUUUAAAAUUAACAAUAGUUUUGAAUCAUUCGUGGUCACGUGACAAGGCUGACCGACAAGAUAUCUCUCGCCACUUGUUGCGGCGGUCAUGUGACUUGGUCACCGGACAAAUAGUGCGGGAGAUAUAUGUCCGGCGCGCCGGAUGUGUAGACACUGUCUAAAAAAAAAGGACAAACAAACUCAACAUUUGUUGGUUUGUAGCAUAUUCUAAAUUCACUGUCUUAUUACUCAACUUACUGAACUUACUGUCCCUAAGUUCCUUGAACUACUUAACACAUUUAGGCUUAAUGAUCUGUUAGCCUCAUUUGGUUCUUCUCUGACUCCUCUCAUUUAAAAUUAGGCAUGAUAUGUUUAGGCUUAGGAAUUGGUGUUGAUUGAUUGGAUUAUUAAUUUAAAAUUUUUAAGUGACUGAAUAAGGGAGUGGAGCCCUCUGUUUGAUUUGGUUUCAGAGGGUGCAAUUUGUGAACGAGCUAUAAUAGUAAUACAUAUUACAUUACCUGUUUCUUUACUUUUGUCAACACAUCAUUAUCACAAGAUUACUAUUUAUUCUAAAAUAUCAGUAAAAUGUAUAUAAUUUCCAGUUAGGGUUUGGGUUAUAUCUAAGGGAUACAAUAAAGUUUAUACAUUCAUCCCAAUUUUUCAUUUGGCUCUGACUAAUUUGAUAAGGAAGCAUUGAGCUCUACCCAUGGCAUAUCAUCUGCCUUUAAAAUUAUGCAGUUAAGCCUAAUUAAUGAUUAGUAACAAUUAAUUGUCUAAACCUAGAAGAAUAUGGCAGUGGCUUAGCAUAAAAUAAAUUAAUGAAUUGCUAAAUAGUGCCUAGGAUAUACAUUUAAGUCUUACUUUCAUUUUAGAGAAUGGCCCCAAGGAGAGGAAAGCCCCAAGCGCAAGAACAGGUGGUUCUGGGACCACAAGCAAAAGAAGGAGAAAAUGUCUUUGGUGUUGCGCACAUUUAUGCCAGUUUUAACGAUACUUUUGUACAUGUGACUGAUUUGUCAGGAAAGUAAGUAGCCUAAAGGCCAUUUCAAAUUUUAUAAAGCCUAGUUAUCUAUCUGUAUAUUUAUAAUAGUAAGCUUAGUGCAGAGCUUAUGAAGCUUUUAAUUAGUCUUAUUCUUAUAUGCAAUAAUUUAAAAGAUCAAAUAGUUUGUACAUUUUAUUUUCUUGUAGGGUGACAAAAGAUAUUCAAAGCUGUCAAUUGUGGGAAAAAAAAUAAAUCUUACCAUUGCGUAUUGCAGUUUUUUUAAAUCUUACAUAAAUUUUAAAAAUAAAAAAAACUUAACACUUUUAUUUCAGGGAAACAAUCGCUCGUGUAACUGGUGGUAUGAAGGUAAAAGCUGAUCGUGAUGAAGCUUCCCCAUAUGCUGCUAUGUUGGCUGCCCAAGAUGUAGCUGAGCGCUGUAAAGGUCUGGGAAUUACCGCUCUGCACAUUAAGCUGAGAGCUACUGGUGGUAAUAGGUAAGCUUUGAAAUAUUGCAAUCAGGCCUAUGACAUUCCUAUAAUUGUCUAUACGAAUCUGCAAAGGCAGCCCCUUGCAUUUUACCAAACUUUAUUAUGGUGGCAUGGGCAAGCAAGUUAAAGAACCAGACCUGUUCAAUUUUGAGAUGUCUUUUACCACUGAUUUCCUGAACCAACACACCCAGAGAGUUAAAAUAAAAACAAAUUUAUUCAGCUUUUCGGCACCUUAUCUCCAUAUGAUAUGGUAUUAAUCAAAUACUCUCCUACUGUUUCUCAAUUUCCCUGUAUUUCUUCUUUUUUUUUUCCUUAGAUUUUAUGUACAGUAUCUCUAAAUAUUUUGGUCCGUUAAACCUAAAUAUUUUGGUCCGUAAAGAUUCUGAACCUUAUUUUUUACAGUACUAAUAUUAUUCUUUCACCCUGUAAUCUACUUCCUGCAACAACAAAGGAGAUCUAUUAGGUUUUUACUGAGCUCUGUUUCUUGUUGUAUUUUCAUUUGUCCUGUUCGCUAAGCCGAAAUGUUCACAUAUUAUUGUCCUGUCUUUUGAUUCAAGCUUUUAACAUCUUGUUCUACUAUUUCUUUUACCAUUUGUAUUCUGAGAUCCAUCUGAACUAAGAUUUUUAAGAGACUGUUAGAGAAAAAUAAGUACAUCAGUUGUUGGUUUUAGCUAGUCCUUUCUACAUACAUCGGUGAGUGGUCCGCGAAAUACGAUUUGUUAGGGCUAUUCAAAUUUAUACUGUAUUUACAAUUACGAUACAGGCUUGUUUGUGAUUUUGAUAUGAUUAAGUACAAUCCUGAAAUUAUAUUGAUCUAUUGUGGGAGUUCCAUGGUAACCAAGUCUGGCAAACUUAUAAUAAAGCAAUUUACAACAUGUACAAGAAUAAAAGCAACAAACAUUGUGUAAGUCUAUACUGGGUACUUAUUCAAUACUGAUACUUGAAGCCUUUGAACAAAAUUUUUCUUGGCAAAAACAAAGAAAAUAAGUUUUCUGUGGAGUAUAGCCGGAUAAAAAGUUAAGAACGUCCUCUAUGGCGGAUGUUCUGCAGUGAAAAAAAAUGUUGCUCCCAAUUCGCUACUGAAAAUCAGUUUCUUAAGGCCCAGGUGGUCAUGCUAUAUUGAAAUAAAGCAAAUAAUGUCAUUAGUUUAUAUCCUGAAGCUGACAGUUGUGUGUACUUAAUCUCUUGGGGGGGGGGGGGGGGUUCAUAGGGGAUUGUGCUUGGUGAUGCCAAUGCCUGCUUUUCCGAUGUAAUAAAGUAAGCUCUAUUAUACAGCCCAUCUUUUUUGGAACAAAUAUGUUGGCCACAUGGCCCAAUUAUUUUGUAUACCUGUUUUACGUUUUUUCUUCAAAUUAAUAUUUAGAUAAGAACUGAACUGAAAUUUUUUAUGUUUUAGGCAAACAAACAAGGGCACUGACUGAAAUAUUUUAAUCCUUUACACUACAGUUUUAAAAAUAACUGUGCACCUAACAUUUCAAUUGACUAUUUAAUUUUUUUAAAGGACUAAAACCCCUGGACCUGGAGCACAGUCUGCUUUGAGAGCUUUGGCACGUUCCGGAAUGAAGAUUGGUCGUAUUGGUAAGUUAUUUUAUUUUUAUUCAUGUUGCAAACAUCAGAUACAAAUAAAUAAGUUGUAAUAUGAAGUUAUUAAUUACAUGAUUACUGGAUGAAGUGUAAAACAUUUACUUACAGAGAGUAAGAGCUGUUAAUAUAGACUACCCGAAUUCAAAAUUUUCUUUUAACUUGGAACAAGGCACUAAAUUCUUUCAUUGAAUAAUUUUAAUGUCUUUUCUUUGGAACUUAACACCUUGGUACUGUAGUGAAUUUUAUUAAUCUAUUUGACUUGUAUCAAUUGGAAGGUACCUACAUAAUGUGGAUAUGUUCUAAUUGUCGGUGAUAUAAGGUGUGCAAACUUUAUUUCAAUAUUAAGUUUUAGUCAUGUCACAAUUUUUUACAUUUUUUUUAUUUACAGAGGAUGUAACUCCUAUUCCAUCUGACAGUACCAGAAGAAAGGGUGGUCGUCGUGGUAGACGUUUGUAGGCUAAUGUGGACUCUAAUAAAGUAUUCAUGUUUCCAUUACAAUUGUUUUUUUGUAUGUAUUAUUCAAUAUUUGUCCAAAUUUAGUGUACUGGUACUAGUGGUACUGAAACUACUGUGCUUCAUAAUAGUAUUUUUUAUGUUGUUGAGAGUUGUGUUUUCUAAACUGUCUUGUUCAUUAUAUAUAUUUGCUAUUCUGGAAAAACAUGUUUUAUUCCCACAGUACAGGUACUGUAUCCUAAUAGCUAUAAAGGAAUUGUGAGCUCGAGGCAUUAUCAGAUAUAAGUUUAAAACCAAUACCGUGUCUUGCCUAAAUUGAUAGUUAAAUUAUUAUUUUUUGUGUGAAUUAUUUAUAACAGACAUUGUUAAAUCUCAUGAGAAUUGUGGGUCUGGGAACACCAAAGGGCAGACUGAAAUUUUCCAGAGUUGCAGCAUGCUUCAAAAAUGUGCAAAAAUCCAUUUACUAGAAUUAAUUACAAAUUUUAAAAACUCAUAUGAAGCAGUUAUAAGUUUAUGUGAACAUUCUCCCAUGUCUCAAAUGUCUGGGUGCAUUAAAACUUAUUUUAAGUUAAUACUUAAAACGUCAACAACAAAUCAUAGUUAUAGUUUUCUGUUCUAUGACUUGUAAUACGGGUACAUUAAUUCUUUCUCCUACAUGCUGUCAAUGAAAUAGAAAGACUAACCAAAAAAAAAAGAUAUCCAUGCUAUAUUUCACUGCAAUGUUAUUGAUACAAAAUUAACCAAGCUUAACUUAAUCUAUUGAAAUGAUGAUGCCAAAUUAUUACACUUAAGCAGAAAAAACCUUAGGCAUUAAAGUCUCACUACCUGGUACCUAAUUGUAUUUGUUACUCUAACUCUAAUUAGAUAAAGCAAAUUUGAAUUUAUAUAAUGUUGAAAAUUAUUGGCAGACACUCAAACAAAAUACCCAGUAGCCAAAGGGAAAUAUAUAUACCGGUACCUGAAUACCAGUACAUUUUAACAUUAGGUCAAUAUUAAUAUUAAAUUCAGUUUGAAGCCACUUGGUAAUAAGUAUCUUAAUGGUAUUCUACUAUAUUAUUAUUAACUUCUAUUCACUGUAACU